AGAGGUUAAUCGAUAACCGGGAUCAUCGAACAUGAAAACACACUCAUGGAGGAAACAGCGCAGUGAGAGAUGGAGAGUCGUGAUGUGGAGGAGCAGCUGAGGACCACACUGCACUGUGAUGAUAAAGAGAAGCUUCGUAGGAAGUUGGCUCUCUUAAAAAAGGAAUAUCUCAAAACAGCCCAGCGACUACAGCGCGCAGAGCGUCUGGAAGGAGUGCGUCAACAUGUGAGGAGCAGAAUCUCACAGCAGAACCUCCAGGACCAGAGAGACCCAGAGGAGACGUCUAAACCAAGUCUCAGUCCAGGGAGACUGAACGCCGCCGAUGCAACAACCCCAGAGAAACUUCAGUGCCCGGGACCCACUGAAGGUCCAGCAGAUUCUGACAACUUGAGGAGGAGUCAGGUGAUCCGGUUCCUGCUUCCCUCUGAUGCUGAUUGCCCGCAAACUCCAGAUCCCAGCCAGGAUGCAGGCAGAGGUCACAGACCCAGUCCCGCCCUGCGCCUCAGGUCUCGCCGCAGCCGCCUGCUCUGGGAGAGGAGGAGCGCCGAGGUUUGCAGGAUCUCUGACAACAGCGAGGAAGGACAGGAGCAGAGCGACAAGCUGGAGAGCGUCGGAGCAAUAGCAGGGGAGGAAAAAAUCUAUUCUGAAGAGGCAGUGAAAAUCAAGUCUGAAGAGUCCGAGGUUGUGAAUGAAAGUGAAGAGUUGUUUUCUUCUUCAGAAUCCGAUUCUCCGUCUCUGCUGCUAACACACUGGAAAACACAUGCACACACUGAAACAGGGGAUGCAGAGGAGAUAAAAGAAGAUGACGAACAAAGGGAAAAAGAGAACGAGGCGACUACUGAUGGGAAAAAAGAUUCGGAGUCGUCUUCUUUGCUGCUUCAAUGUCAGAACUCUGCUGUACAAAGUGAAGAAAAGGGACGAGAUCAAACACCUAAUGGAGAAAGAAAGGAUGCAGACACUGGUGAGAAUAGUAGAGGACAAAGAGAAACAACACUUUCUGUAGAGAACCAUCAUAAAAACAUGGAAGAAACUGCAACGGAGAAAAUAGAAACUGAAAAGAUGCACGAUGACAUUAUGGAAAUAAAAGAGGAAAAGAGUGAGAGUCUCUUGGGCUCCUGCACUCUAGUAGAAGGACUACUUUUCCCAGUGGAGUACUACGUCCGGACCACAAGGCGUAUGGCAUCCUCGCAGAGUCAACCUGACGUGCAGGCCGUCCUCCUGUCCCAGCUGAGCGCGGGACGACCACGCCGGGGCCGGGGGCGUGGCCGAGGAUCGAACAGGAACACACGCACCAGGGAGUGUUCAGAUCUAAACUCACAGGACGAUUUCUCCUCUCUGACAAAAGCAUCUAUAGAUCCUCGUGAGAUUUCACAUGCGCGUACUGUUGACGCGUCUGCUGAGCUUUCUGCUAACAGCCAGAGGUCCAGUGAGAUUUCAAGUAACAGUCAGAACGGCGUGGAUGAUUCUUCAUCGCCUGCAGUCAGCGCUACGCACCCAGGAGCCGGGAGGAGGAGGAGGGGCAGGAGGAGAGGCCGGGGCAGAGGAAGAAGUCAAACUCCAAGAUCUGUUAAGUGUUUAGACAUUGUUCAGAUGGAAACCUCAGAGGAUCCUAAACCCACCCUCACCCCUCUCUCCUCCUCCCCAUCGCUCCGUGCCCCUGAUGGACUGAAGCCUGGUCUCACUCCUCAGGAACCUGUCCUUCUGUCAGACGACGACCAGCCUGUGUCCACCUGCCACACGGGGACCCAGCCUGUGUCCACCUGCCACACGGGGACCCAGCCUGUGUCCACCUGCCACACGGGGACCCAGCCUGUGUCCACCUGCCACACGGGGACCCAGCCUGUGUCCACCUGCCACACGGGGACCCAGCCUGUGUCCACCUGCCACAGGGGGACCCAGCCUGUGUCCACCUGCCACGCGGGGACCCAGCCUGUGUCCACCUGCCACGCGGGGACCCAGCCUGUGUCCACCUGCCACGCGGGGACCCAGCCUGUGUCCACCUGCCACGCGGGGACCCAGCCUGUGUCCACCUGCCACGCGGGGACCCAGCCUGUGUCCACCUGCCACGCGGGGACCCAGCCUGUGUCCACCUGCCACGCGGGGACCCAGCCUGUGUCCACCUGCCACACGGGGACCCAGCCUGUGUCCACCUGCCACACAGGGACCCAACCUGUGUCCACCUGCCACACAGGGACCCAACCUGUGUCCACCUGCCACACAGGGACCCAGCCGUCCCCUGGGGUUAACGUAGCUCAAUGUAGUCCUGCUUCCAGACUUCUGCACAGAGUCUAUCCCAUGUUCUUGAACAACACGCCCUCACAGAGUAGAGGUGCAUCCAGCUGGAGAUCUCUCCUCUUACCUUCCUCUCCACUCUCCCAAACAUCCCUCUUUCCUCUCCCGUCUGCAUCCACCGGCUCACUGUUCAACAACCUCACGAAUUUCGACAUGCACCAAGAUUUUCAUCUCCCUGACGACCAGUUUGCGUCUCUGAAGUUACACAAGCUUCGGCAGGUCUCUUUUGAAUCAGGAGUUGAACUUUUCACAUCCCCCUCUUAUAACACUCGCAGCCGCCUCCCUCGCUCUUUCCCUUGCUACAACACCAGUGAGCCAGUGGUGCCACUUUCUCUCCCACUCAGCCUCACCCCGACCGUUUCAAUGGAAGAAAACCCGGCGUGUGUGGGCGUCCGAAACCUGCCGACAGAUUCCAAGCUUGUAGACGAGUCCUUAGCUGAAGAUUCAUCCAACCCAGAUAAAACAGAAACUCCUAAAGAACAACAGACUGAAAACCUCUAUGGAAAGACUCACAUCAGCUCAUCAGAAUCUGUGUCAGUGGCUCAAGAACGUCCUGCUGACUGUGAAGAUGACACUAAAACUCAGGAUACUGUGGAUACUCACAGCCGGAGCAACACACACAGAUCUAUAGACGACUGUGUCAAACCUCAGCCUUACAUGAACUGUGCAGACGGUCCUGCAAGCAAAGUGGAUGGUUGUGUGGUUGAGCAGUCAAAUGAACUAAACAGAAAGCCUCCUGCAUCAGAAACAGACUCAUAUUGUUCUGGUGUAGUUUGUUCUCUGGAGGAUCAGACGUCCACAAACCACCGAAGAGAAGACGGAGCUGUCGUCAAGACUCUGUGCUUCGAGUGUCCACCAGAGGAAUCAGCUGAGGAGGCUUCUAAGAAACGCUCUGCUGCACAGACAUGUGACGACACUGACGCUCCUGUGAAGCAUCGGACUUCACCUGCCAGACGCUCAGAGGAAUCCUCCGAACCCCCGACUCAUCACCCCAGAGACAGAUCAGUGAUGAAAACCAGUCAGAAGUCUUCACCACAUCCCAGCGUCCUCUCUCAGGUGCUGUUGAGUCCUCCGCUGACCUCAGCCCGCUGCCCCUUCACAACCCCUCACCUGCCCUCCUCAGCCCUCCUCUCCAGCCCCACGCUGCCCUCCCUAGGACUCACCCCCGGCCUCCCCCUGACCUCCUCCCCCUCCGCCCCGGCUCUCGCCCUACCUCCUCCUCACAGCCCAGCAACCCACGCUCUCUCUCCUCCGGCUCUGUCUCCCUGUCCGUCCAUAACGUCCCUCCCUCCCAGCCGGCCUCUUGUCUCCCGCUCCAGUCAGGACAAGGCUUCAUCACAACUGGCAGCAGAUCGUCAUCCCAGCGCUGAGCCAGCAACCUUUGCCACAGCAUCCAGACUCCAGUCACAAAGCACAGGCCGGCAGGAGGGAGAGAGAAUGGAGGAGACUGCAGAGCGACAUGUGAUAACACACACUCUGAAGGCCCCAGCAGGCGGCUGUCUGGUGGACACGUGCUGUCUGCCGGGACCCUCGGGGGGGUUGUGUGUAGCGGCAGCAGGAAAGUGGGCGGUGUGUCUGUGGAGUCAGACUCCAGCAUCUGACUGGAGCUUAACACACACCUGGACCUUCAACUACCGGGUGAUCAAUGUGGUUCCUGUCCCCGAUGCUGCUGGCCUGAUGUUUGUGACUUUGGGUCAGCUGGAAAUCCGAGAAGUGAGGGUGCUCUCGUGCUCCAGCCUCACUCAGGUGCUGCUGUGUGAGGGGGUGGUCCAGGUCGUUGUGGGCGUGUCCGGGUCCAGAGUGGUUACCUCCUCCCACUCAGCGACAGGUUCAACCCUGCGGGUGUUCAACGUCUCAGACGACAACAGCGCUCGGAGCUCUCAGCCUCUGGAGUCUCCCGGUGUGUGCGUCCCGGCCCUCGCUCCAGUGGACGGGCUCUCGGAUGCUCUGAUUGGCACAGAUGAGGGUGGGCGUGUCUUUGUCUGGAAUCUGAAGAGCGGCCAGCUGCUGCGUAGCAUCGUCCUCGGAGACGGUUUGUCGCACACAGCCUGUCUCCGGGGAUACUCCCACUGUGGAGUGUUGUUUGUCCUGCUACAGCAUCAGCUGCUCAGCUCCCUGGAGGAUGAAGGAAUGGAGGCCAAAGCAAAAGACGAGUUGUUUGCUGAAGAGGACAGGAAGAAGGACGCCUUGUUCUCCUUGGUCGCCGUUAACCCUCUGACGGGCAAAUCCGCACUGGCUACUCGACUGUAUCCCCCCAAAGCCUGGUCAGGCAGACUGUGUGAAGCCGAUGUCAACCGCUCCAGCGUGGUCGGCCUGAGUCAGAGCGGCUGUGUGUGCGUGUGGGAGCUCGGGCGUCCGGGGGUCUCGAGGAUGGUGUGGGCCCCCGAGAGCGAAGGCUGGCAGCUGGCUCGAUGGGGGGGGCCAGACACGCUGGUGACCGGCCAUCACAAAGGAGAUGUCACUGUACACUGCUACAGCAAAACAUAGACUCGUGCAAUGACUUUUAUCGAACGCUGAAGUCUUUAUGUCUCCGUCUGAAUGUUCUCAUAGAUUUUAACAUUCUAUUGAAUCCUGAGUUUAAUGCAAAAUGUUUCUGUGGUUUCAUUUACAGACAUUUCAGUUUGACAACGUUCAAGCAAUUCGGUUUUUGGCCACAGUUCAGCUCAGAUUUGAGGAUUCACGUACUGUAAACUGAAUAUAUCCCAUAAGUCAGGGGCCAGUUUGUGAAGCUUUAAAGACGGAGUGAUGUUAAUAUGUUUGUUUUCCUCCAGCCGGUGGAAAUAUUGUUUUUGAAACACCAGUAGGAAACACUGGAUGUCUCUUCACUGAACAUGUGUGUGUGUGUGAGAAUUACUUUUCGAAUUUUCACUUUUUAUGUCACUGUAACUACUGUGUUGUUUGUUAUAUUUAAAGAAAAAAGU